AUGCUCUUUACAUCCACAACCACACAAGAGAAUGACACUCUUUGGUCUGGACAUCAACCACAAUCCGAGGGUUCGCUGUUUCGAAUAAACAGCAUGGUACACACUGAAAGAGGAUUUCAAACACCUUAUUCGGCGCACAUCGAACUACCAGAACAACCCAUCAAACCACUCCCAAAGGUUCCUAUUGAAUCCCAUCUCCCACAAAGACAUCCCAUGUUGUUUGAUAGCUUUGUCCCGAGAUCUGACUAUGGCACACUCGAAAGACGCUGGAACUACAUCGAAACACCCACCAUGCCUCUGUCGCCACAACAGUCCUCUUGUUAUGUUGGUCAUUAUAAUCCUCAGGCUACUAAUACCUCCCUAAGCCAAUCCAAUGGUCUCUACAACACUCUUUCACCCUGGAAUUCGAUACGGCACACCACAAUUAUAGAUACCAUGCCGUUGCAACAGCCCACCUUGCCCGCCUGGGUUUCUUGUGAUCUAGACCGCACCGAGAGCAUGAAGAUCGAAGUACCCUCAUCAGCUGAAGAAUACACGAGCUUACCUUUUGAAGCACAAUCCCAAAUCCAGCCCAUAAAGCUACAGAAACCCUUUGAUCCCUCUGUUCACCCCAGCUCGUCAGCAAAACCUAAUGAACAAGAAGAAAACCAAGUAGAAGAAGACCAAGAAACACCAAGAGUAAAAGAUAUCACCAGUGGUCUUACAGCCAUUUCUCUUGAUCAUUCCUCUAAUAUUCAUUUACCCCACACACCCGACAGAGAAAACUAUAAGGAUCGUAAUGUAAAGGUAAUGCGUACCUCCUUGAACAUCCCUUCAUCUCGAAGUAGCAUGGAUGUGAAUUCAGCCCUCGGACACAGCACUCCUGGUACAUCUGUUACGUCUGAUCACCUCAUUCCGGAUAAGUUUACUCCAGACCAGGUCGGAGACGAAGACGACAGCGAUAAUUUCUCGCAAGAGUCUUCCGAUGAAGUCAUUUACGAAAGAAUGCAUCUCCAGAGUGACAGUGUCUACGAAAAUGUACCGACCAGUAUUAAGCCUCGCCUAUCUAUCCGGACCACUCGCCCAAUCGAUAUCAACCAGGUUCACUUGACUCAGCCUUCAAACGGAAACUACAAUAGAACGGGUCCUAUCAAUCCAGCCCAAAUCGGUACUAGUCACCAUAGUCCUCUAACCCGAAUACCACCGGUGCACUCGCUCAGUGCAGACCCAGCUCGGCCACGUCUCACGAUUGGGUCCAUAAGUCUGGUCAGAAGCGAAGAGUCAAUCAAAGACUUUAGUCGAAUGGCCGGAAAGACAAAAGAUCCCAAUACCCAAAUGGUCUAUGCAAGCUAUCUCCUUGAAAUAGCUGAUCUGUACCAAGUUCCUGCUCUCUCAACUUCGAUCCGGCAUGCCCUCUUAAAAGAAGCGUGCACCUGGAUCGAGAGGCUUGCAAAAUCCGGAAUACCAGAAGCACUCCUUAUUCAAGGAAGAUGGUAUCAACUAGGACAUGCAGCACCGGACUGCGUAGGUCGAAAGUACGUCAAGAUAAACACAGCCAAAGCGUUAAAGUGUUAUCAACAAGCAUCCAAUGCAGGUCUAAAAGAUGCAUCCUAUGCCCUGGCUGCAUAUUGGAAGAGUCAAAAUGACUGGCUCAAAGCAUCUUCCUAUUAUCAAUCUGCAUCUCAAAAGGGUCAUAUAUUAGCUAAAUAUGCAAACGAACUUGCUAGGCUGACUUUUGAUCAUCGAGUUGAAAACUCCAAUGAUGUAAAAACUGGCUUGAAACUUUUGCUAGAGUCGGCUCGCUCUGAAGUUAAAGACAGUGCGGCCGCUUGUUUUAUGUUAAGCUGCAUAUACGGACGUCACUUUGGUCUUGUUGGACUUACAGAAGAUCCAGAAUUCGGCCCAUUCGAUCCUACCAACGCCUAUUUUUAUCUAUCAAAAGCAGUCCGUAUGGGCCAUCUUGACGCUAUCCACAAGAUGGGAGAGGUUUGGGAACUUGGAUUGUGGGACAAGACUAGUGAUAUCGAAAAGGCCAUUGAGUAUUAUACCCGGGCAGCCCAAGAGAGCCACCCAGGCUCAAUGUUUGAACUGGUGAAAAUCUAUAGCGGACAAAUCGACUAUCCCAGCCAACCUGAACAAGCUAUUCUUUGGUGCCAACGUGCCUCCGACAAAGGAUAUGCCAAGGCCGACUAUUUGUUAGGACUUUACUAUGAAGAGGGACUGAAUGGAUUGGAGAUCGACUAUCCACGUGCACUGGGAUACUUUACCAAGGCUGCCUCAAAUGGAUACACGGAGGCCCAAGCUCGCCUAAACAUUCCUAUUAAUAUGGUACCCGAAAACACACCACAUAAUAAUCAAGGCAGAUUUGAAAGGGCUGCAAAGCGAUUGAGCAGUGCUCGUAUCAAUUGUGACCUGAUGUAA